AUGAGGCCACUCACAUCUGCUUUCUUUCGCUUAGGUGGUGCUUCCCCUUUGUUCUCCUUCUUGACAAUACUCUUGUCUGUUACCAGCAAGAGUCAUCAUGCCUCAGCAUCCAGAGAGUCACAAUGCUCCCAUGAUCAAUGCCUUCGGACCUGCAUCCAGUCUCAGUCCCUGGAAGUUGCACAGGUCUCCAACGCACUGGAGGAGACCCAUCUCCCCUCCCAUCUUCUAAUGCCUGGCCAUUUGAAGGAGUAUCCCGGUGCUGGUAUUCCCAGUACUCCUGAAGGUUGUCAGAGUUUCUGUGCAUCUUCCACUGCCAUUACAGCCACCUCAUCCAUCAAAUCAGAAGAGGGCUACAUGAUCCAGGAAGAAGAGAGUAGUCCAGGCCCUUCACUGGCUCUGCUAGACCCCAGGAGUGUGCCUAUAUAUGCUCUAGAUGAGGAAGUGAAUUUGCUGGUGAAUUUACUGGUGAAUUUCCUGCUGCUUAAGUAUCAAAUGAAAGAGUCGAUAACAAAGGCAGAUACGUUGAAGAUUAUCAUCAACAAGUGUGAAGUCCACUUCCCUGAGAUCUUUCUGAGAGCCUCUGAAUGCAUGAAGAUGCUCUUUGGCCUUGAUCUGAUGGAAGUGGAUUGUACCAAUCACUGCUAUCGUCUCCUCAUCAAAUUGGGCCUCAUCUAUGAUGGGAUAAAGCACAGUGAAGGGAGGCUGCCCAAGACUGACAUCCUGAUACUUAUCCUGAAUGUGAUCUUCAUGAAGGGCAACCGUGCCACAGAGGACAAAGCCUGGGAAGUUCUUAAUGUGACUGGAAUAUAUUCUGGGAUGAAUCACUGCAUCUUUGGGGAGCCCAGGAAGCUCAUCACUGAAGAUCUUGUGAAGGACAAAUAUCUGGAAUACUGGCAGGUGUUCAACACUGAUCCUGCAGGAUUUGAGUUCCUGUUGAUCCCCAGAGCUCAUGCUGAAACCACCAAGAUUAAGGUCCUGGAGUUCCUGGCCAAAGUUAAUGGGACUGACCCAAGUUCUUUCACAUCUCAGUAUGAGGAUGCUCUGCAAGAUGAAGAAGAGAGAGCCUGA